AUGCCGCGGCGAUGCUUUGUUAUUGACCCCGCCUGGAAGCGAGUCGAAAGGGAGAGUUAUGCUGCAGCAUGGCAACAACUGGCGGAAGAGGCGACAGGAUGCAAGUUCGUUGGGCUGGAUUUGGAGUGGACGUCGAGGCCAGAGCCUAUCAUAGGGGAAGAGAGCAGCAAAAACGGAGAUGCCGAAGGUGUCUUGGAAGGGACUGCAGCUGUUAGGAAACGCCCAAACUCUGUAGGGCCUGUGGCAGUGGUGCAGCUCAGCACCUUCUCUGUCACCUUUGUGAUUAAACUGUGCGAUGUGGUGCGGCUGACGGGCGGUGGUGAUUGCGGUUCUCGGCGUGAGGACAUCGUGGAGCCAUCAACGCUGGGCCUUGUCAAGACCAACUUGCGUUCGCUCUUAGCAGACGAAUGUGUGUCAAAAGUGGGCGUGGGAAUUCUGGGCGACCAGGCGAAGCUCCAGCGCGACUACGCAGAUUUCAAACUUAUCCCUUGUGUGGAUCUUGCGGUGCUCGCCCGUCGCCUCCUCCCCGCCUGCGAGGAUGUGGCGGGACUGCGCAGCCUGAAGGCCCUCGCCGCUCGCUUCGCUGGCACAGUGCUCGAGAAGGACAUCUUAGUAACACGCAGCGACUGGGGCGGCGUGCUGGGACCGCUGUCGCCGCUGCAGGUGCAGUACGCCGCCGCAGACGCAGAGGCGUCUUUCGACACGUGUGUUGGCAUACUGCGGGAGUCACACGUGGUCGAAGGCGAUGAGGCGCUGCGCGCCGCCUGCGGGUCGGAGGAGGCACUGCGGUCGGUGGGCGCCGUCCUGCAGGCUGUUUCCGGCGUGAAGCCGGUCACUCGGAAAGCGCACCGUAAAAAAUAUGGGGAAGACGGCAAUGCCCUCUGGCGGUGUAAAGGGCGGGCGAAGCCGUACUACCACAACAUCUUUGUGUACGACGCGGAGAUGAAUCUCGUCUUCACAGUGGACAAGUCCAAGGCGGAGUGGUACGUGUACAAAAAAGGCCUCGCUAAAGUAACGGAGUGGCGGGAUGCAGGAAGCGGCGGCGAAUCAUCAGAGCCUCGAAAAGAGAUUGCGGCCAUUCAACUCAGUUUCACUCCUGACUUCGCCAAAUACAACGACGCUUACAUUCGCCGCAACUUGGACUAUUUUCGCCAGCCCAAGGAAAAUCAGUGCGUUGUGUGCGGAAACGCAAGUGAUCUGGUGCGCUUCGCUGUCGUGCCUCUGGUGUACAGGAAGUACUUCCCCAGCGUGUACAUGAGCCACAAUAGCUACGAUCUGCUGCUGCUUUGCACUGCAUGCUUUGCCGUGGCCCGAUCGUUCUACGACAAUGAGAGAAGAUGCAUCGCAGAGGAUUUUGGCGUGCCGCUUGCCCACCUUACACCAAGGGAGGUGGAGGCAUACCGUGCCCAGCAGCAGCAGACAA